AUGGAGCCGGCGACAUGCUGCCCCAGAAACAGGCUGGCGUGCAGGCUCUGGGCGGCCAUCAGCCGGGCGCUGUUUGCUGAGUUCCUGGCCACAGGGCUGUAUGUGUUCUUUGGUGUGGGCUCGGCCAUGAAGUGGCCCUCGGCACUCCCCUCUAUACUGCAGACUGCCAUCACCUUCAACCUGGCCACGGCCAUGGUCGUGCAGAUCACGUGGAAGGCCAGCGGGGCCCACCUCAACCCCGCGGUGACGCUGGCCUUCCUCGUGGGCUCACACAUCUCUCUGCCCCGAGCUGUGGCCUACGUGGUGGCUCAGCUGGCGGGGGCUACUGCGGGAGCCGCUCUGCUUUACGGGGUCACUCCAGGAGACAUCCGAGAGACCCUCGCCAUCAACGUGGUGCGGAAUGGCGCCUCCACCGGGCAGGCGGUGGCGGUGGAGCUGGUUCUGACCCUGCAACUGGUGCUCUGCGUCUUCGCCUCCACGGACAGCCGCCAGGCCUCGGGUUCCCCGGCUGCCAUAAUCGGGGCCUCUGUGGCUGCGGGCCACCUCAUUGGGCUCUACUUCACCGGCUGCUCCAUGAACCCGGCCCGCUCCUUCGGUCCUGCCGUCGUCGUCGGCAAGUUCACCGUGCACUGGAUCUUCUGGGUGGGACCCCUGACGGGUGCUGUUCUGGCUUCGUUCAUCUACAACUUUAUCCUGUUCCCUGAUACCAAGACCCUGGCCGAGCGCCUGACCAUCUUCAUGGGCACCCGAGAAACAGCAGCCCGGGCCAGUUCAAGGGACACGGAGCUGAGUGUGUGCGACACGGCCUAG